UGUUUGUCAAAAAGAGCUUGUUCGCUUCGCUUUUCCCGCGUAAAAAAGUUGUGUCGAGUCUGUUAGAAUUUACUAUUUUUUCUCGUUUACCUGUUCUACUCACCUAAUAUUUGUGUGUUAAUAGUCAGAAAAUAAUUUACUCUGUACUUUAUUUAGAAUUUCAAGAAGAAACAAACUUCGAAAUUGUGUUUGUAUAUAAUUGUGCUGUGCAAAUUUUCACAUCAUGGUUGGAAAAAUCAACAAAUUAUACGUAUAUAAGAGGGGUGGUAGAAUGGAAGAGGUACAUAUAGAUAAAAUAACAUCAAGAAUAAAGAAGCUUUGCUAUGGAUUAAAUAUGGAUUUUGUUGAUCCUGUGUCAAUAACUUUGAAAGUCAUCAGUGGCAUUUACUCGGGAGUAACAACUGUGGAAUUGGACAAUUUAGCUGCAGAAACUGCUGCCACUAUGACAACAGAUCAUCCAGAUUACGCUGUACUAGCUGCUAGAUUAGCUAUAUCUAAUUUACACAAAGAAACCAAGAAACAUUUCUCAGAUGUGAUGACAGAUCUGUACAACAUAGUAAACCCACACACAAAGAAAAGAUCCCCGAUGAUAUCAGAUUUCCACUACAAAAUAAUAAUGAAUAACAAAGAGCGACUGGAUUCAGCAAUUGUGUAUGAUAGAGAUUUUAAAUAUAAUUACUUUGGUUUUAAAACACUGGAACGAUCAUAUCUACUUAAAAUAAAUAAUAAGAUUGCUGAAAGACCCCAGCAUAUGCUGAUGCGGGUCUCAAUUGGAAUCCAUGGUGAAGACAUUGAUUCAGCCAUUGAAACCUACAACUUAUUGUCUGAAAAAUACUUUACACAUGCCAGUCCCACAUUAUUCUCUGCAGCAACUCCGAGACCACAAUUGUCUUCUUGCUUCCUCAUAGCUAUGAAAGAUGACAGCAUUGAAGGUAUAUAUGACACACUAAAACAAUGUGCAUUAAUCUCAAAAUCAGCUGGUGGCAUUGGACUACAUGUUCAUUGUAUUAGAGCAAAAGGUACUUAUAUAGCAGGUACUAACGGUGUAUCCAAUGGUCUUGUACCAAUGUUGCGAGUGUACAAUAAUACAGCAAGGUAUGUUGACCAAGGAGGCAACAAACGACCAGGUGCAUUUGCUAUUUACUUAGAACCCUGGCACUCUGAUGUGUUUGAGUUUUUAGAUCUGAAAAAGAAUACUGGCAAAGAAGAAGUCAGAGCCAGAGAACUAUUUUAUGCAUUAUGGAUCCCAGAUUUGUUUAUGAAGCGUGUUGAAAAAGAUGAAAUGUGGAGUUUAAUGUGCCCUCAUGAUUGCCCCGGUCUUGCCGACUGUUGGGGAGAAGAAUUUGAAGCAUUAUAUGGGCAAUAUGAAGAGGAAAAGAGAUUUGUUAAGCAAGUCCGAGCUCAAGAACUGUGGAAAGCAAUCAUAGAAGCACAAGUGGAAACAGGCACACCAUAUAUGUUAUAUAAAGAUUCUUGUAACAGAAAAAGCAAUCAAAAAAAUCUUGGCACCAUUAAAUGCAGUAAUUUGUGCACAGAAAUUGUUGAAUACACUUCAGCAGAUGAAGUUGCUGUUUGUAAUUUAGCUUCUAUUGCUUUGAACAGGUUUGUUAAUGAAGAUAAAACAUACAACUUUACAAAGUUGAGAGAAGUCACAAAGAUAAUCACACAAAACCUUAAUAAAAUUAUUGAUGUUAAUUUUUACCCAGUGCCAGAAGCAAAGAAUUCCAACAUGCGCCACAGACCAAUUGGGAUUGGAGUGCAAGGGUUAGCUGAUACAUUUGUUCUGAUGCGCAUUCCUUAUGAAAGUGACAAGGCAAUUAAACUUAACCAACAAAUCUUCGAAACGAUAUAUUACGGAGCAUUAGAAGCCAGUUGCGAACUGGCGCAAAGAGAAGGAGUUUAUAGUACAUAUGAAGGAAGUCCAGCAAGCCAAGGCAUUUUGCAAUAUGACAUGUGGGAUAAAACUCCAUCUGAUCUCUGGGACUGGUCUGUUUUAAAAGAAAAAAUUGCCAAACAUGGGCUGCGCAAUUCGCUUUUAUUAGCUCCAAUGCCUACAGCGUCUACAGCCCAAAUCUUGGGAAACAAUGAAUCCUUUGAACCAUUUACAUCAAACAUUUACCAAAGACGUGUUUUGUCUGGGGAAUUCCAGGUUGUUAACCAUCAUUUGUUGCGAGACUUGACGCAGGCAGAUUUAUGGGACGACGACAUGAAAAAUCUGAUAAUUCACAACAAUGGUUCCAUUCAAAAUAUCGAGCGUAUACCAAAGGACAUUAGAGAAUUGUAUAAAACAGUUUGGGAGAUUUCUGUUAAAACUACAAUUAAAAUGGCUGCUGAUCGAGGUGCAUUUAUAGACCAAAGUCAAUCUUUUAACAUUCAUGUGGCUGAACCGAAUUAUGGAAAAUUGACAUCAAUUCACUUUUACGCAUGGAAAAUGGGUUUGAAAACAGGAAUGUAUUAUUUACGUAUAAAGCCUGCUGCUAAUGCUAUUCAGUUCACGGUUGACAAAUCUAAAGUUAGAGGAAAUAAUGGAGGCACAGAAAAUGAUGAUAAAAACAUGUCCAUGAUAGCUUGCUCAUUACGGAAUAAGGAUGAUUGCUUAAGUUGCGGAUCGUAAGCCCAGUGUUAGUUCAUUUUUAAUAUUACAUUUAAUUUUGCAUAGUUAAUGUUACUUGAAAUCUUGUACUUAAAGCUUGUCAUCUAAAUCAGUGUUUUAUAUUAUAACUGUAGGACCCCUUGGCAUGAUAAUAAACAUGAUCAAUCAGUUCAGGUACUUGUUUCCCUUUUUCUUAUAUAAUGAACUAGGUGAUAACAAACUCGCUCUCAUCUUGACCUACAUGCAUUACCAGGGGCAUUUACCACUGAUUUAAAUCAAAAAAUUUUAUUAUAGAAAAAAUGUAUCAACUGCACAAUAAUUAUUUUAAUAUAUGGAGAACAUUAAUAACAUGAAACAUUUCCUGCUAAUUUAAGUAAACCCUUUUUAUCAA